AUGCCACUUACUCUCACUUCCCUCCUCUCUUUCUCUUUCCUCCUCCUCCUCCGCUUCCGCCAUGGCUCCGCCGCCGUCGACGAAAUCCGUUCGCUCCUCGAGUUCAGGAAGGGCAUCAAAUCCGACCCAACCAAUAAAGUCCUCUCCACUUGGAUUUACCCGAGCAACGCCUCCGCCUGCCCCGACGCCUUCCACGGCGUCUCUUGCGACGCGGAAUCUUCCUCCGUCGUCUCCAUUUCUCUCGACCGGCUGGGUCUGGCCGGAGACCUCAAAUUCAGCACACUCAUUCCGUUAAAAUCCCUGCAAAACCUAACCCUCGCCGGUAACUCGCUCUCCGGCCGGCUCGUUCCUAGUCUCGGUGCAAUGUCGUCCCUUCAAGCGAUUGAUCUCUCCGGAAAUCAGUUCUACGGCCCAAUUCCAGCUCGGUUGACUGAUUUGUGGGCCCUGCAUUACGUUAAUUUAUCGAAUAAUAGAUUUUCUGGAUUCUUUCCGGAGGGAAUUAGGAACCUGCAGCAGCUAAGAGUGUUGGAUUUGCAUUCGAAUCAGCUGGAGGGGGAUGUUAGGGAACUGAUUCCGGAGCUGAGGAAUGUGGAGUACUUGGAUUUGAGUGGGAAUAUGUUUUCCGGGACGAUUGAAUUGAGUGUGGAGAAUGUUUCAAGUCUUUCUAAUACGGUGAUAUUCGUGGAUAUGAGUGGGAAUGCUUUGAGGGGAGGGUUUUGGGGGAAUGAUGUGAUGAGAUUGUUCAGAAACUUGAGGGUUCUGGAUUUGGGUGAUAAUGGGAUUACUGGUGAGCUUCCUGAUUUUGUGCAGUUGCCAAAUCUUCAGGUUCUGAGAUUAGGAAAUAACCGGCUUUCUGGGUCGAUUCAAGGUGGGAUUUUGCAGGAGGAAGUGCCAUUGGUGGAGCUGGAUCUUAGUAGAAAUGAAUUUUCUGGUCCUAUACCACAGAUCAGCUCAACAACGUUGGGCACUUUGAAUCUUUCAUCAAACCUAUUAUCAGGCUCGCUGCCUCCAUCAAUAGGAAAUAGCCGGAUUCUUGAUUUCAGCAGAAACCACCUAUCAGACGACAUCUCUAUUCUGACAAAAUGGAAUAUAGAUUUAGAAAUUCUAGACUUGAGCUCCAACACCUUGAGUGGAAGCAUUCCCGAUUUCUCAAAUUUCCAAAAAUUGACUGUCCUUCGCAUUCGAAACAAUUCACUCAAGGGAAACUUGCCUUUGGGCCUAAGCUCCUUGCAAACACUUGUCACAGUUGAUCUAAGCUCUAACAGACUUGAUGGUUUGAUCCCUCCUAGCUUGUUUACUUCUACUACCUUAACCAAUUUGAACUUGUCUGGUAACCUCUUGACUGGACCAAUUCCUCUCGAUGGCUCCCAUGCAAAAGAGUUACUAGUUUUAUCAUCUAGUCCACCAAUGGAGUCUCUAGAUCUUUCAAAUAAUUUACUGACAGGCAGAUUACCUUCUACUGUCAGUAACUUAGGUAAGAUUAAGUCGUUCAAUGUUGCUUAUAAUAAAUUAUCCGGGCAUCUCCCGCAUGAAUUGAGCAGACUCAUCGCCCUCGAGUACCUCAACUUAUCCAACAACUUCUUCACUGGAAACAUCCCUGACAAACUCCCGUCCAGCUUAUUAUUCUUCGACGUGUCUUACAACAAAUUAUCGGGCAAAAUACCCGAAAACCUGUAUCACUUUCCCGAUUCUUCAUUUUCCGGUAACAGCCUCGAACCCCACAACACUGUUACAUCUGACAAUCACGUCCCCGAACAAACUCAGAACAACAGAACCCAUCACAGACCAAAAUCGAGCAUCCAAGCAGCUAUUAUCUUAGCAUCCAUUGGAGCUGCUGUGAUGAUUGCCUUUGUCGUAUUCGCCUACCGUCGUGCUCGGUUUAACGAUUUCCCUACGCGAAGAGGAUUUUGUGGGCAGACAUCCGAAAGAGAUAUCAAAGCAGGAGGAGUAUUCAGCCGUUCGUCUCGUUUGAGCUUUCCAGACGAUCACUUAUUGACUUCAACUUCGAUGUCUGUAUCUGGUGUGGGGCCCUCGAGUCCCAAUUCUCAAAUAGCAUCCUCAUCGCAAUAUUUUGACACAGUGGGACCCGCCAGGCUUGACGUGUGCUCGCCGGAUAGAUUUUCAGGCGAGCUUUUUUUUCUCGACUCGUCGAUUGUGUUUACGGCAGAGGAGUUGUCACGAGCUCCUGCUGAGGUGCUCGGUAGAAGCAGUCACGGGACUCUGUACAAAGCUACUUUGGAUAGCGGGCACGUGCUGACCGUGAAGUGGCUGAGAGUUGGUUUGGUGAAACAAAAGAAAGAAUUUGCAAAGGAGGUGAAAAAGAUUGGGUCAAUGAGGCAUCCGAGUGUUGUUCCUCUUCGGGCGUAUUACUGGGGCCCGAGGGAACAGGAAAGGCUCGUUUUGGCUGACUAUAUAGUUGGGGAUAGCUUGGCUUUUCAUCUUUACGAAACCACUCCCAGGAGACACAAGCCUCUAACAUUCGCCCAACGGCUAAAAAUUGCCACGGACAUUGCCCGCGGCCUAUCAUUCCUCCACAACCAUGGCCUCCCACAUGGGAACCUAAAGCCCACAAACAUCCUCCUUGUGGGCCCCGAUCACAAUGCCCAGCUCACGGGCCACGGCCUACACCGCCUGAUGACGCCAGCUGGCGUAUCUGAACAGAUACUGACCCUUGGAGCCCAUGGCUACCGUGCCCCUGAGCUGGCUGAGCUUGCUAAGCCCCGUCCUUCGUUCAAGGCCGACGUGUACGCACUAGGUGUGAUGCUCAUGGAGCUUCUCACGGGGAGGAGCGCGGGGGAUAUCAUCUCUGGACAGUCGAGAGCCGUCGAUCUCGUUGACUGGGUAAGGCUGUGUGAUCAGGAAGGGCGCGGAUUGGACUGCGUAAAUCAAGACGUGCUUUGUGAGGAGGGGCAUUCGGAGGCUGUGGGAGAGCUGCUUGCUGUGUCGAUAAGGUGUGUGCUUCCUGUGAACGAGAGGCCGAGCAUGGACCGAGUUUUGGAUGAUAUUUGUUCGAUNUUAAUUGACUGA